GGGGGAGGGGCCUGAGAGGCUGAGUUUGGAGAGAAAGUUGAGCCGGGUUGAUAGAUCGAUACAGGUCGAUAGAUAAACUCGAGCGCGAGAGGAGAUAACCCAGGUGAAGAAGAGGGGACAGAAUAUCGGAAACAGCGGAGAUGAUAGCCUCGCACCUGCUGGCGUAUUACGUGUCUGAGCUUCAGCAUGACCAGGCGCAGAACGUGGAUAAGUACCUGUAUCACAUGCGUCUCUCUGAGGAGAACCUCAUGGACGUCUCCAGGCGCUUCAGGAGGGAGAUGGAUAAAGGUCUGGGCAGAGACACCAACCUGACCGCCUCCGUCAAGAUGCUGCCCACCUUCGUCCGCUCCACACCUGACGGCACAGAGAGUGGAGAUUUCCUGGCGCUGGAUCUCGGCGGGACGAAUUUCCGGGUGCUGCUGGUGAAGGUUUCGGCUAACGGGAAGCAGAAGGUGGAGAUGGAGAAUCAGAUCUACGCUAUUCCCGAGACGCUGAUGAGGGGCAGCGGGUGCGAGCUCUUCGACCACAUCGCCGAGUGUCUCGCCAACUUCCUGGAUAAACUGGGCAUCAAAGACAAGAAGCUUCCUCUGGGCUUCACCUUCUCCUUCCCCUGCAGACAGACCAAACUGGACGAGAGUUUCCUGGUCUCGUGGACGAAGGGCUUCAAGUCGAGUGGCGUGGAGGGGAAGGACGUUGUGGGUUUACUGAGAAAAGCCAUUAAAAAAAGAGGGGAUUUUGACAUCGACAUUGUUGCUGUGAUCAACGACACGGUGGGAACCAUGAUGACCUGCGGGUAUGAUGAUCAUCACUGUGAGCUCGGCCUGAUCGUAGGUACGGGUACGAACGCGUGCUACAUGGAGGAGAUGCGUAACCUGGAGCUGGUGGAGGGGGACGAGGGGCGGAUGUGUGUAAAUAUGGAGUGGGGGGCGUUCGGAGACGACGGCGCCCUCGACGACCUGCGCACCGAGUUUGACCGCGAGAUCGAUGCCGGGUCCCUCAACCCCGGCAAACAGCUAUUUGAGAAGAUGAUCAGUGGGAUGUAUAUGGGUGAGCUGGUGAGGAUCAUCCUGGUGAAAAUGGCUCGAGAGGGACUGGUGUUCCAGGGCCACACCACCCCCGACCUGCUGAUCACCGGCCACUUCAAAACCAGCUACGUCUCCGCCAUCGAGAACCAGAAGGAGAAGGAGGGGCUGCUGUAUGCAGAGCAGGUUCUGAGAGGUCUGGGAUUGGACCCGUCGGCGGAGGACUGCGUGGCGGUGCAGCGCGUGUGUCACACCGUGUCGACGCGGGCGGCGCAUCUCUGCGCUGCGACGCUGGCUGCGGUGCUGCGUCAGAUCCGGGACAACAAGGCGGCGGAGAGACUGCGCACCACCAUCGGCGUGGACGGAUCCGUCUACAAGAACCACCCACAGUUUGCCCGGCGGCUGCAUAAGAUGGUGCGGCGUUUGGUGCCGGAUUGCGACGUGCGGUUCCUGCGCUCGGAGGACGGCAGCGGUAAGGGCGCGGCCAUGGUGACGGCGGUGGCGUACCGGCUGGCGGAGCAGCACGCCGAGCGGCAGCGGGUUCUGGAUACCCUGCGGCUCAGCCGGGAACAGCUGAUGGAGGUGAAGAGGAGGAUGGAGGAGGGGAUGAAGAGAGGACUCGCCCGAGACACUCACGACUCCGCCUCCGUCAAAAUGCUGCCCACCUACGUCCGGUCCACACCUGACGGAACAGAGAGAGGGGACUUCCUGGCUCUGGAUCUGGGCGGGACUAAUUUCCGGGUGCUGCUGGUUCGAGUGCGGAGCGGGAAACGCCGCAGUGUGGAGAUGCACAACAAGAUCUACACCAUCUCUCAGGACAUCAUGCAGGGAACCGGGGAGGAGCUGUUUGAUCACAUAGUUCACUGCAUUGGGGAUUUUCUGGAGUAUAUGGGACUGAAGGGGGCGUCGCUGCCGCUGGGCUUCACCUUCUCCUUCCCCUGCCAUCAGACACGGCUUGACCAGGGGAUUCUGCUGAAAUGGACUAAAGGCUUCAAGGCUACAGGCUGCGAGGGCGAGGACGUCGCCGCCCUCCUGAAAGACGCCAUUCACCGCAUGGAGGAGUUUGAUCUGGACGUGGUGGCGGUGGUGAAUGAUACGGUGGGGACGAUGAUGACGUGUGGGUAUGAGGAUCAGCGCUGUGAGGUGGGGCUGAUAGUGGGUACGGGUACGAACGCCUGCUACAUGGAGGAGAUGGAGAACGUGGAGCUGGUGGAGGGGGAUGAUGGUCUGAUGUGUGUGAAUAUGGAGUGGGGGGUGUUUGGAGAUCGGGGGGAGCUGGAUGAGUUCUGUACGCAGUUCGACGCGGCCGUGGACGAACGCUCGGCGAAUCCGGGAAAACAGAGGUUUGAGAAGAUGAUCAGUGGGAUGUAUCUGGGGGAGAUAGUGAGGAACGUGCUGCUGGACUUCACCACCAGGGGUCUGCUGUUCCGAGGAAAACUGUCUGAGAGGCUGAAGACCCGCGGAAUCUUCGAGACCAAGUUCCUGUCUCAGAUCGAGAGUGACCGGCUGGCUCUGAGGCAGGUGCGGUCGAUCCUGCAGCACCUGGGUUUGGUGAGCAGUACGUGUGAGGACAGUAUCCUGGUGAAGGAAGUGUGCAGCGUUGUUUCUCGCAGAGCGGCUCAGCUGUGCGGCGCCGGACUCGCCGCCGUCGUCGACAAAAUCCGGCAGAACCGGAACCUGGAGCAGCUCACCGUUACUGUGGGCGUCGACGGCACACUGUACAAGCUCCACCCACAUUUCUCCACCAUCAUGAGGGAAACGCUGAAGGAUCUGGCGCCCCAGUGCGACGUCUCGCUCGUCCAAUCAGAAGACGGCAGCGGGAAGGGCGCCGCCCUCAUCACGGCCGUGGCCUGUCGGCUGAGAGACGCUAAGAAGUAGCUGCAGAGACUGACUGAAGGGAUGGAAUAUAAAGGGAACGGAGGGAGAGGGAGAGAAAGGGAAUGACUUGAAAUCCGAAGGAAAAAAAUUGUGCUUCCGGAGAUUUCCGCUGUGCCACAAAAAUCACUGAUAAUCGGUUUAUUCGUCUGUGUGUGAGGGUCUGUCCGGCUACUGUCGCCUAAUUUUACAUCGUUUUUGGUUUGUUUUUUGUUUGUUUGUUUGUUUGUUUGCUGCUGAGCGAGAGGGUUAUUUAUAUGGGUGAUAUAAUGGGAAAGAAUGAUGGCUGCUGUUAAAAAUGAAAAAAAAAAAAUUGAUGCUAAUUUAUUAUGACUAUAUUGUGAAGUUUACUGUACCGACCGAUGACUGUAUACAAGCAUGGUUGCCGUGGUUUUAUUCCCUUUCCUUCUAUAGAAAUUAAGCCAAAAUUAAAGUCCCCCAGGUUGUUAAAUUUGCAAUUAGAGUUACUGAGCGCAGAGAAGUAGAGAAGAGAGGCGGAGUCAGGUUCACUUUGUAUUUUAUUUUUAUUUGGUGUGAUUGUCUCAGACUGCCUUCAUUGAGCUUACAGGUUUACAGUUUUAGUGCAGUUCAUAUAUUUUACUACCAAACCAUAUACCAAAUUUUUCAUACUAUAAGGCGGAUUUUAUGCGACACUAUAUAAGGAACUUCUAGUUCAGCAGGUUUUGCCGCUGGGUGGUGGUGGGGUGGUAGCUAAGUAAGCUAAGCUAAGUAAACAAAACUGUAAUAAACUCAAACAAGCACUGGAUGUUAAUCUACACACAUGUCUCUCUUAAAAACUGUUUAUUUGAGUGAGUAAAGCACUUCUGUUUAUUUUACAGUAAACUUAGGCUGCCAAAUUUCUCCAGAACUAAGGCUGGAGCAUUAGCGGCUAACCGCUCCUGCAAGUGCUAGCCGGGGUUAGGAGCAAGCUACAGGCUGUUAGUACUCCCCUCUGAAUGGGGAACUAGCAGUUAGCAGCUAAUGCUAAUCCUAAUCCUGUUCCAGCAGUGCUAGCCAGGGUUAGCAGCAAGCUACAGGCCAAUAUACUCACCUCUGAAUGGUGAAAGAGCUAACUAGCGCUUAGAGUGGUUAGCGGCUAAUGCUAAUGCUGCAAAUUACAGUACUGGAACUACAGCUCUGUUUACUUUGUUUACUCAAUUUACUCUAUUUACAGCUGAGACAAGCCAAAGCUACUAUGCCUAGCUUUAGCCCCCGAUCUGCUGUGAGGAAAUUAAUAAAAGAAGAAAAAAUUAACGUAUUAAAUUUUAUUUCCAUCUCGAUAAAGAAAAAAGCUGUAAAUAUGACAAACAUUGACUACCAAGGCUAAGAUACUCAAAUACUAACAACCAAGACCAGUUAAUUUAUCACUAAAUCUAUUUAUGCUAAUGUUAGCUUGUGGGCUAAUUAACAGCCAGUUAACAUUAGAUCACAUUAGGCUAUUAGCUAGUUAGCAUUAGCAUCAACAACAACAAACAACAAGAUAUUUCGAGUAGCAACUCAAUUCAAAUCUACUACUCAACUGGCUAGAGUUAAUCACGUCAUAUAUUCCCUAAGUGUAGCCCCGCCUCCCUCUUACGAUAAUAUAGCAGAAUAAAUAUGUUUUAUUUCUAAAUAUGAUUUCUGUGGGAAAUAUUAAUAUAUUAGCACUGAGAAAGCUAACUGUUGGAAUUGUUGAAACACAGUUGGGGAAAUGGGCGGGGCUGUUUUGUCAUUAAAAUUUAUGAAGAUGGGUGGAGCUACCCAUGGUAAUACUGCAACCAGCCAGCAGAGGCGCUAGACCUGUCCAUGAUUUUAUACAGUCAUUGGUACUGAAACAAGAGCCACAAGAGGAUUUGUUUAGUGUGUAUGUGUGUAUGUGUGUGUGUGUGUGUAGGAGUGUGUGUGUGUGUGUGUGUGUGUGUGAUGCAGGUGUCAUGGCUGACCAGUUCUCCAGACGAGCUUUGGCCGCUUUUCCACUGCAGGUUCUGAACAGCUUGGUCCAGGUUGAGCUAAGCACCAAAACCGCUCGGUGGGAGGAGUUAAUGACUGAGGGAUCUGCUGAUUGGCUAGCUGGGCCUUCCUAACACUGCGGAAGGCCAGUUGCAAGCGUGCUAACACUGUGGUAGUGAUGCUUGAUGUCAACGGUAGACGGUGUGCUUUUGCUAUGGUUACGAUAUUGGAUAAGGUUGGUUGCGAUGUGAUGAGGCUGGUAGCCAGCGUGCUAACACAAUGGUAGUGAUAUAGAAUGAGGUUGGAAGCCAGCGUGCUAACACUGUGGUAGUGAUGUAGAAUGAGGCCGGUAGCCAGCGUGCUAACACUGUGGUAGUAAUGCUGGACGAUACCAGUAGCCAGCGUGCUAUUGCUUUGGUUGCGAUGUUUGAUGAGGCUGGUAGCCAGCGUGCUAACACUGCGGUAGUGAUGUAGAAUGAGGCCGGUAGCUAGCACUUUAAGCCUGUGGUAGCGAUGCUGGACAACACUGGUAGCCAGCAUGCUAGCAUGCUAACUUGAAAUCAGGUAGAGAUAGUAAUGUAGAAUGAGGCUGGUAGUCAGCGUGCUAACACUGUGAUCGUGAUGCUCGACAACACCUGUAGCUGUCACACUAUUGCUACGGUUACGGAUAAGGUUGCCAGCGUGCUAACACUGAGGUAGCGAUGUUUGAUGAGGCUGGUAGCAGCAUGCUAACACUGAGUUAGCGAUGUAGAAUGAGUCCUGUAGCCAGCGUGCUAACAGUGAGGUUGUGAAGUGGGACACGGCCUAUAGCUAGUGUGCUAACACUGUGGUAGUGAUGUAGCGUGCUAACUCUGGUGCUAACCAGAAGCCAGCCUGCUAUUGCUAUGGUUACGAUGUUGGAUAAGGUCAGUAGUGAUGUGUGAUGAGGCUGGUAGCCAGAUGAUAGCACUGUUGUAGAGAUGUAGAAUGAGGCCGGUAGCCAGCGUGCUAACACUUUGCUAUCGAUGGUGGACAACACCAGCGCUACUGCUACGGUUACGAUGUUGGAUAAGGUCGGUAGUGUUGUGUAAUGAGGCUGGUAGCCAGCGUGCUAACACUGUGGUAGUGAUGUAGGAUGAGGCUGGUAGUCAGCACGCUAAUACUGGAUGACACCUGUAGCCGGAAUGCUAGCAUGCUAACUUGCUAACUUGAAAUCAGGUCUGUUUAGCAACACAGUGAAUUGAAAAAGAAACCAGAACCACGCUGACGGGUCAGAACCGGGACAGAACCGUACUGUACUGUGGAAAAGUGGCCACUGCGUCUGGAUUAGCAGAACACCAUUAACUCUUAAAAACCCAGUGAAGCUUCCAGAACUUUUUACUCAACAGUUACUGAAUUAUGAAUUAAAGUUACUGAAUAUAUAUAAAGUUAUGUGAUAACAGAUUAAUAAUCCUGAGUAAAAGCUGAUGUCAGUAUUCUCCCGCUGGAGCUCCAUCAUCUCCUGAUCUUCACCCUCCAGAGUGUUGAUGUUUAUUUAAUCUGAUUACAGCAAUAAUAAAGAAUUCUGAACUCUU